AUUAAAAAAUAUCUUUGUAGCUGUUUAAUGAAUCCCUGCGCUAAUUUGAAGUUUUUCAAAACAUAUUAAUGUAAUUAUUAUUAGCGUGUUACAAUGGUAUUAAUAUUGAUCAACUAUGCUGUUCAGUAUCGCAAUAUUGCAUCAUCUGAGCUGCUGUAUAACCUUGAUAAUAAUCCACCAGGAAUAAAAUCUACAUUAUUGCACAUUUUGUUUUAUUCAUUGUUGUAGUUCUUCAAUGAAUCAAUUAUCAUUUCAAAUGUCCUUGUGGAAAAUCGCUACUACAAAUUUUUGUUUGUCUACAUAUUGAAUUUCUAAGAAAGCUGUAAUACCAACAGAUUUUUAUGAGUAAAAAAUGGCAACUAAUAAGUUUAAAAAACGUCCUGGUACCACUGACUUUGGCAAAAAGUACGAAGACCUCAACUUGGCUCGUUUGGUUCUAAAAAUGGUAACGGACGACUCCAUCAACGAUUUCAUGAUAUCUUCAAACGAUGACAAGUUUGGUGAUUUUGACGACAUCGUCAUUGAAUUAAAAUGUGGUAAAACUGAGGUGAAAAAAGCUUUACAAAUCAAAUACAGUAAUGAUAGCAAAAUCUUACCGGUGCAAAGCCUCUGGUCCGACAAAGGAGACUUCAGUUUGAAAAAAUACCUGAAAUCAUACAAACAAAUCGAGCAAUUUAGCAACUCUCAUAAAUUAAUUCUCUUCACAAAUCGCAAACUGGACUUGACCCAAGAACUGUGUUUCACCAUCGAAAAUAUUUCUGUAAAAAUUGUCGAAGAAAAUGUCGAUCAAUUACUAAACACUUCCAGAAGUAACGGAAAGUGUUUCAAGUUUGAAUCACUAGACGAAAAUCCGGAAACUGUGAGUUUUUUCAAAAAUUUUAUCUUACUCACAAAUCAAGCAAGCGUUAGUGCCAUUGAAAAAAUCACUCUAGAGGAAUUUCAAAACACAUUUUAUUGCCCCUCGGAUCAUUUUUAUACAUAUCUUCAAUUUAUUUCUAGAUGGAGUCUUUUAGAAGGAAAUAAAGAAAAGUUAAGUAAGGAGUUGAUGAAACGUGUAAUUGCCCUCAACGUCUUGUCUCCAUUUAUUAAACCAUAUUCUCAGUGUUUGGUUACCGAUGAAAUGAUUUUAUUCAGACAAGCAAUAGCAAAUUUUCAAAUCACAGUUUUUCGAACAGAAUCCUAUGACCAAGUUAAAGAAAUAUGGGGUGAUGCUUACAAAAAACUUGAAGAAAAUAAUGAAGUCAAUAGAAUACGAAAUAAAUAUCAAUUAUGUCAUGACGAUUGUACCAAACUUCUAUGGUUAAUAGACGAAACUCCCCUAAUGGUACUUGAGAGUAAGACCACUUCUAAAAUUAUCCAAAUGUGCGAAAACAAGUUUAUUGUAUUUGGAAAUGACCCAAUUUUACCACUAAAUCGCACAAUUUUUCGAAAUUUGUCUGAUUUGAGCCCAGGAUCAGAAAUUUUCAACUUCAAGUGUUGUUUUCAAGAGAAGGAAGAACAGUCUUUGGACACAUUGUUGGACGAAAUGAAACAAGUUUUAACAACAGAUGAGUUACUGGAAAUGUUACAUGGGACUUAUUCUUUUGGGGGCAAAAAAGAGACACUUCCUGUGCCAUAUAUUGAACGGUCUUUGACCAAAAAUAUCAUACAUUUUGAUUAUUUGCAUAAAAUGGACUCGAAAAUUUUGGCUGUUAUUAAUUGUAAGAAGAAAUUGGAGAAAAUUAGAACUCUUUUAAAAAAAUUUAACGUGGUUAAAGGCUUGGAUUAUUUAAAUGACUUUUGUUAUGGCAAGGAACAAAAUGAUUUUAAACCAAAACUAAUUCUUUUCGAAGAUGAAUGUCUUAAAGAUGAGUUUGACAAAAUCAAGCAAAUGAAUGAGGCAGAAACCAUCCACCACUUUAACAUUACUGAAGAUGGGAACUUGGAGUGGUUGAAGAGUCAUAAAAAUGUAACAGCGCUUAAACAUUUUUGUGUGAAAAAUGGGUUUAUCGACGAAUCUCACAUUUUUGACAAUAUUUCAAAUAGUGUCAACUUGGUAAUUGGCGAGCCUGGCAUUGGCAAAUCAAUUUUUGUGAAGAAUUUGAAGAAUCAAAUUUCACCAAAAUUGUGGACCAUUAUUUUGCACCCUGCACACUUUCGACGUUUGGACGUGUUUAAUAGACACACUUUUGAAGAGUUCAUUUUGAACGAAGUUAACAAAGAUUCCGAUAAAAAAAUUCUUCAAGUUUUAAUGAAGAAGAAUCGAGUUGUUUACAUUUUAGACGCUUUGGAUGAAAUUCCCUUGCAACAAGUGACACUAAUUUGUGAUUUUAUCACUAAAGAAAACUUAUCAGUGUGGAUUACUUCCCGGCCUCAUUUACAAAAUUAUUUAGAAGAUAAAUUAAACGUUUUGUCACGAACGAUAAUGCCACUUAGUGAUGACCAAAAAAAGUCAUACAUUGGUAAACGUUUGAAAGAGAAGUAUCCAGAGCGAGACAUUGAAACCGAAGUGGCCAAAAUCCAAAUUUACAUAAAUCAGGAUAUUUUAGACAAUCCUUUACAUAUGUACAUGCUGACUGAAGUCUUCAGAGAGGAUAUUGACAAAUAUUUGAAACUUUCCAAAGAUUUAUUUAACGUUUCAGAUUUGUACGAAUAUUGGAUCGAGCAAAAAUUUGUCAUCUACUACCACCAAAAAUUCGGUGUUUUGUCUUCAGAUUGCGUUUUAAUGGAACACAGAAAUUACCUCCAACGUGACUACCAACUUGCUGCUUUGAAACUACUCAUUUUCAAAUGUGAAAAUGAUGACUUUUUGAAAAAAAUAAAACUAGAAGGUGACCCCAUUGGUAUUAUUAUUGAAGUAACGGACGAAAUGCUACCAAUUUUUUUCCACACUUCGAUUGCUGAAUUUUUCGUAGCCUCUUACUUUGCCAAAAAUUUCGCCAAAGUAUCUAGUGACAUCCUUUUCAAAGAAGAAAACAAAAAUAUAAGAUAUUUUUUCGAUUUGUUGCUCGCACACAACUCAAUUCCUCACAUGGCUGUUUUUUACCGAAAUCUUGAAACGUUGAAAAAAUUUGAAAAACUGGAAGACUUCAAAGACUUAGGUGGACGAAAUGUCUUACAUUUGGCAUGUUCUUGGGGACAAACUUAUCCAAGAUUUGAUGUAGAAAAAGAAGGUUUAAUUUAUAUGAUUUCUAAAAACGAAACCACUGAAGUUUUGAUAGAAGAUCCGAUUUACAAGGAAAUGAUAAUUUAUUUAUUAGAAAAGUUGGAUUUUUCACAUCGUGACACGUUAUUUAAUUUUUCACCAAUGAAAUAUGCCGAAGCUGCCAACUGUUUAUUCACCAAAACAAUUAUUUUACAAAAACUGAAACACAAAUUUACAAAUUUGGACGCAAGUAUGGCAAGUCUGUUUUAUUAUGCUGCGGAAAAUGGGUAUGAAGAUGUAUUUGAUUUGUACGAAACGUUUCCUCUUGUCGAAAUAAAAAACCAGUCGUCGUAUUUACAUCUUUGUGUGUGUCACGAGAAUUUCUUGAAGAGACUUUUGACAAUUCAGGGUUACCAAAAAAUGAUAAAUGAUGUUGGUACUAGUGGUGAAACGGCAUUACACAAGUCUUGUAAAGAAGGUUACUACGAAUCGGCCAAAUUGUUACUACAAUAUGGUGCCAACUGUGUUACUACAAAUGAUGGUUGGACCCCAUUGCAUCUGGCAUGUUUGAAUGGCCACGAAUCGAUUGUAACUUUAUUGGAAAAUAUUGAUGUUAACAUUGCUAGUAACAAGGGUUACACUGCGUUACAUGUGGCAUGUUAUAAAGGUUACACUAACAUUGUCAAGUUACUACUAGACUUGGGGGCAUCUUUUGAUGGGCACACAAGUGUAACAACACCUUUGUUUCUGGCUUGUCAUUAUGGACACGAAGAUAUUGCUAGAAUGUUGUUACAACUUGGAUCACCUCUUGUAGCUACGAAUGAUGGUUGGUCUCCUCUUCAUUCGGCUUGUGAAAAAGGACACGAACAAAUUGUAAAGUUACUGAUCGAAUCUGGGGCAAAAGUUACGAUUGUUGAUCAUAAAAAUAUCACUCCGUUGCAUUUGGCAAGUCAUGAGGGGCAUGAAUCAAUCGUGAAACUACUUUUAGAGUUAGGUUCAAAUGUUGAUGCUCAGGAUAAUAUGGGUUUGACGUCCCUUCAUCUAGCAAGUCAUCGAAAUUUUGUCGAAAUCGCAAAAUUGCUGAUUGAGUCUGGUGCCAGUUGUAAUGUUCCUGAUGAUAAAGGUUCAACACCUCUACAUUGGGCGUGUCAAGAAGGAUGUGACAAAAUAAUCGAGUUACUCCUAGCAUCUGGUGCAAACCUUGAAACAGUAACAAAAACCGGCAAAACGCCUUUCCACUUAGCAUGCUUAAAAGGACACGAAGUUGUAGUUCGACUCUUGAUAACUUCGGUAAAUCCCCGAAUUGCAACAAGUCGUGGAUUUACACCUCUUCAUUUGGCGUGUCAGGAAGGACAUGACAAUGUGGUUGAAUUGUUACUUCAAACUGGUGUUGACAGUGUUACUCAAGAAGGGUCAUCACCACUUCAUUGGGCUUGUCAUAAUGGACAUUACAAUAUCGUCAAAAUGUUGAUAAAGUCGGGGGUUAAAGUCGACAUUAUGGACAUUGAAGGAUCAACAGCGCUCCUUUUAGCAUGUUAUCAAGGAUUUGACGAUAUUGUCAAACUGUUGAUACAUUCUGGUGCAAAUAUUGCUACAAGUAACCAUCGAGGUUUCACACCAUUGCAUUGGGCUUCUCAACAAAAUCACCCAAACUUAGUGAAAAUAUUACUCGAGUUGGGAGCCAAGGUUUCAACAGUGACGAAACAGGGGGUCACUCCACUCCAUUUGGCGUGUCAAAAUGGGCACGAUUUGGUUGUAAAAUUGUUGCUCGUUUCUGGUGCGAAUAUUGAAGAUGUUACAAAUUCUGGUUGGACUCCUCUUCAUUGGGCCUCUUUCAGAGGACACGAAACGGUUACUAAUUUAUUACUUGGGGCUGAUGCUAAUGUCAAUGUUGGUAACAAUGAAAGAAUGACAUCAUUGCAUUUAGUUUGUUCGAAGGGUUUUGUUGAAAUCGCAAAUACAUUAAUCGAGUUUGGAGCUAAUACCGAAUCGGUGAAUUGUGGAGGUUUUACUCCUCUUCAUCUUGCAUGUCAAGGAGGUCAUUCAGAGGUUGUUAAAUUGUUAAUUAUGUAUAAAGUUAACACGAGUGGUGUCAGUAAUGAUGGAAAAACUCCCUUUCAAAUUGCAUAUGGUUAUGGAUAUUAUGAUAUUAGUGAAAUGUUGAAAAAUAGAGGAGAUGAAGUGACUGGAAAAUAUAGUUGCAUUAUGUUAUGAUUUUUAAAAAAAUCAUCUUUUGGUGUGAAAAUGGCUUUCUCAUCGACAUUUAAUAAAAGAAAAGGUACAACAGACAAAGGCAAAGAUUACGAAGUCGUAUUCCUAGCAAGCGUUAUUUUAAAAUUACUCAAAGAUGAUACAAUUGAGAACUUUUGGAUAUCGGCGGACAAUGAAAUUUUUGGCUCGUUUGACGAUGCUGUUAUUGAAGUUAAAUAUUUUGGUGUAGAGCAACUAGAAACAUAUGCAAUCCAGCUAAAACAUAAAGAAAAUCGCAUGCUUUCAGAAAAAAACUUGAAAGAAGAGAACGGAAAUUUUAGUAUCAACAAAUAUUAUAAGGAUUUAAAAAACAAUUACGGAAAGCAUGUUAAGAUGAUUUUAUUCACAAACAGUCGAUUCAGAGAGAAGUUACCUAAUUUCGAAUUAAAACUUGAAGACGAAACUUGUGAGAUCAAAGGAAAGGAUUGUAAAACACAUAUGGAACUACUUCCAACUUCAGACAACGGACACUGCUACACAUUUGAAACUUCAAACACUACAUUUAAUGAAUUUUUCGAAUCGUUUUACUUCUAUUCAAAUCAAAUGAAGUUGGGAAGUAUGAAGACCGCAUCUUCAAAGAUGUUUCGAGAAAUGUUCUCCUGCGAAGAGAAUAUUUUCAAUGACUUUUUAAAAUUCAUAACAGACUGGAGCAUGAUUGAAAAAAAAAAAAUAAAGAAAAGUUGGACAAGUCAUGGAUUAAACAUUCUAUUGCAAUCCGAGUUUUAAAUCCUUUUACAAAACCGCUGUCGUUUGAUGAAAUACCCAAAACCCAACAAAGAAUUGAAAUAUUACGAAGUGCAAUUGACAACUUUCCAAUCACAAUAUUUAAUACGGAAAACUAUAACAAAAUAAAAACAAUUUGGCAAUCUGUUAUCCUACAGUCUACUACUACAGAUCUUGAAGAAAUUAAUAACAUGCGAAUAAAGUACCAAGUAACAUCAGACUACAUAGGUGAUGUAAAAGACUUGAAAAAAGAAAAUGUGGUAAAUAGCGUAUUAUUGUGGCAUAUCAAGAAGUGCCCUCUGAUUGUCGAAGGUGACGAAAAAACUCUCUCCGCACUUGAUUUAAUCGACGACGGCAACAUUGUUAUCUUGAAUCCGAAAUUUGAUGUAAACAGUAUGAAGCGUUUAAAAGAUAAUAAAAAGCUUUGUUUUCAAAAUUUGAGGGAUUUGGAAGACAAUAAGCAAGUUUAUGAUGACAUCUUAGACAACUAUGAAUAUUCCAUCGAAGGACAACAAACAGCAAAAUUGAGAAGCUUAGUUAGUAAUGGAUGCGUAAAGACUGAAUAUUUUACGACAGAUAUACUUUUAGACAUGAGCGAAGAUUUCAAGUUAAUCGGGAGCAAAGAAAAAUGUUUGUUACCUAUGCAUCAUAUUCCAAGAAGUUUGUCCCAAGUUGUCAUCGAUUUAAAAUUUCUAAAUAAAUUUGAUAACAACGAGGUAGUUGUUAUAAGUUGUGUACAAGAUAUAAACUUUAUUAAACAAUGUUGCGAGAAUAAUGUUUUUUUAACAAUUGAAGAUAUCUCCAGGCAAAGUGAUUUAAAAACUAAAUACAAACAUAAAAGGAUCAUAAUUACAAGUGAAGCCGAAUUUUCUCAUGAGAAAUUUAACAAAAUGUCGACUCAAUUUAGAAAUUGCCACCACUUCAAAUAUCUUGACAAGGAAGGCUUAGAAUGGAUUCGAAGCAAGAAUGGCGUUGAAAAAUUAAGGGAAUAUCAACGGGAAAGUAAUCAUUUUGUGAAGGAAUCCAAUUUGUUUAGCUAUUCGGACUGCAAUCUUAUAAAUGUCUUUUGUGAAAAUCCAGGAAUGGGAAAAAGCAUUUUAAUGCAGAGUUUGAAAUCCCAAAGUUCUUGGUGUUGGACAAUUUUGGUAUUAGCAAGAAACCACGUUUACCAUUUUAGAGAAAAAAAUAAAGAAGCGAAUGCAGACAAAUUUUUAGAGUAUUUUGUAAGAGAAAAUUGUCAAAGCUAUGCAGAUUUUGACAAAGCAGUUUUGGAAAAUAUGAUAAACAAGAACAUGGUAGAAAUACUGUGGGACGGCGUUGAUGAAGUCUCCGAAGAAGUUUUAGGAAGAAUUGAAAUUUUGAUAAAAAAUCUUUUUCAAAAAGGAAUCAAGCAAUGGAUCACUUCCAGAAUUUAUUUGAGAGAACGUUUAGAAAAUAAAUUCAGCGUAUUUUCCAGAUCAAUUAAACAACUGAAUGAAGAAGAACAACAGAGUUAUAUAAAGGAUCGUCUAGGUUGCACUGAUGAUGUCUUAAAACGUAUUUAUUUAAGGAUUCAGUCCAGCAUUCAACUUUUUCCAAAUAACAACAUUUUGGGGAUUCCCCUCCAAUUGUACAUGUUGACAGAAUUAUUUCGUGAAGACGAAAAAAAGUACUUUGCUUUAUUAAAUCAAAUAUUUUCUCUUGCUGAUUUAUAUGAACAUUUUGUCGAAAAAAUAAUUCGUAAACACUUUAAAGAGAAAGAACAAUUUCAAGAUAAUGUUGGAGCAAAUUAUGAAAAACUUGAAAAAAAACUUUCAAAAAAAAAUAAUAAAUAUAAAAUAGUAGCUGUACAACAUUAUUUUGGAAGCAAAUUUGAAGAAAAUAUUUCUGAAGCCCAGAAAUUAUUAACAAAAAUUAAAAAAGAAAAAGAUUCCAUUGGCUUCAUAACAAAAGUAACUGAAGAUUUGACACCCCAAUUUUUACAUAAUUCUUACGGUGAAUAUUUUGCCGCUUUAUAUUUCAGUGAAGACUACGAUCAAAUUUGUCGCAUAGAAAAUUUUUUAACUGAUGAAAAGUACGAUAACAUCCGCUUUUUCUUAGAUUUAAUUUUAGCAAAAGGUUGCAAAGCCCACAUAGCGGUGUUGUAUAAGAAUAGUCAAGUUUUAGAUCAAUGUACUGAAGACGAUAUAAAUCGCAAGGACAAAAUAGGGCGCAAUAGUUUAAAACUGUCUUGUGAGUGGUAUAAAAAGUAUCCGUUAUUACAAACUAAAAAAACUUACAGUUCAUACACAAUUUACGAAGACUCGCCAGUAACAAAAACUGCUCAAAGUAAAAUUAUGAAAAAUGAAGAAUUCAUUUCAAAGCUUUUUCAAGACGGUAGUGUGAAUAUACAACUGAAAAAAAUUAUUCUUUUAUUUCCUUUUGCUACAGCAUUUUGUGAUAACUUACCUAAAUUAGAUGAUACAGCUAUUCCGUCAAUUUUUUAUUAUUCAAUAAAAUUUAAUCAUAGUAUUGUAUUAACAUAUUUUAAAGAAA